AUUAGUUUUCAUUCAUGCACUCCGUUUGUCAUCUUCUGCAUAGAACGACUUCUCACUCACUCAUCCAUUUCUCCGAGCUUUUCUUCAAUGGCAGCUUCUUCUACUGCAAGAGACCAACAAGCCGCCUCCUCCUCCUCCUCUUCCAUGUCCCGGUGCGCCUACCACGCCUUCUUGAGUUUCAGAGGCAAAGACCUCCGCAAGACCUUCAUCGACCACCUCCACACAGCCCUCUCCCAAUCAGGAAUUCACACUUUCAGGGACGAUGACGAGGUCGAAAGAUGCCAAGACAUUGACUCCGAACUCAGAAAAGCAAUCCAACAAUCUAGGGUUUCCAUAAUUGUGUUCUCCAAAGGCUAUGCUUCUUCAAAAUGGUGCCUUGAUGAGCUAGUGAAGAUUGUUGAGCGCAACAAGACCUCUGGGCAGGUCAUUUUGCCUGUGUUCUAUGAUGUUGAUCCAUCUCAUGUGAGGAAUCAGACUGGGCCCUUUGGGGAAGCAUUUGAUAGGCAUGAAGAGGAAAGGAUGGGAAUGGUGAAGAGGUGGAGGGAGGCUCUCACUGAAGUUGCAAAUCUUGGAGGGAAGGUUUUGCAGAAUGAAGCUGAUGGGCAUGAGUCAAAGUUUAUCCAGGAAAUUGUUACAGAGGUUGGAAGUAAGUUGAAUCGCACUGUUUUGAAUGUUGCACCCCACCCAAUUGGUUUAGAUGCUCGGGUCAGAAACAUUAAUUUGUGGCUACAAGAUGGGUCAACUGAAGUUGGUGUAUUGGCAAUUUAUGGUAUGGUUGGAAUAGGGAAGACAACCAUUGCCAAAACUGCUUAUAACCUAAACUUCUACAAAUUUGAUAGUAGCAGCUUUCUUGCAAAUAUUAGAGAAGCUUCGGAACAACCUAAAGGUUUGGUUGGUUUACAAAGGCAACUUCUUUCUGAUAUUCUGAAGAGGAAAGCCAAAAAAGUAUACAAUGUAGAUGAAGGAAUCCUUAGGAUUAAAAAUGCCAUAUGCUGCAAAAGAGUUCUUGUUGUUCUUGAUGAUGUGGAUCACUUGGAUCAAUUAAAUGUUGUAUUUGGGAUGCGAGAGUGGUUUUAUUGCGGAAGCAAAAUUAUCAUAACAACUAGACAUGAGCGAUUGCUAAAGGCUCGUGAUGUGUGUGAGAUGUAUAAGGUUAAGGAGUUGGAUGAUAAAGAAUCACUUCAGCUCUUCAGUUGGCAUGCCUUUGGACAAGACCAUCCUGCCGAGGGUUACAUGGAGCUCUCAGAAAGAGUGCUACAACAUUGUGGAGGGAUCCCUUUAGCCCUUCAGGUUUUGGGUUGUUCAAUGUCUGGCAGAAGUGUAGAUGUCUGGGAGAGUGCAAUAAAGAAACUGGAAGUGAUACCCGACAGUCAAAUCCUAAAAAAACUUCAGGUAAGCUAUGAUUCUUUGGAAGAUGACCAUGACAAGAAUUUAUUCUUGGAUAUCGUCUGCUUCUUUAUUGGAAAGGACAAAGAUUUCACGGUUAGAAUACUAGAUGCAUGCGAUUUCUACACAAUAGUUGGGAUUCAAAAUCUUAUUAAUAGAUGUCUCUUAAUGAUUGGUGAAGAUAACAAGAUGAAGAUGCACGACUUGAUUCGGGACAUGGGGAGACAUAUUAUUCACCAAGAAUCGCCAGAGGAGCCUGGGGAACGUAGCAGACUCUGGCAUCAUAAAGACUCCCUUUACAUAUUAAGUGAAAAAACUGGUACAGAAAAAAUCGAAGGCCUUGUGCUUGACAUGCAAAUGUUUAUGGAAGACAACCCUGUUGAAACAUUCUUCAGUAAUAAUGAUGCAAAACGGCAGCUUUCCCAGGAAGUUCUUGAUGAAAUACGGCUGAUGGAGCAAGACAGAUCAUCGAAACGGCGUCGACUUGACGUCUCGAAGCACUCAAUAGAUGCUAUCUCAAAGAUUUCAAAUGAGGCAGACUUGAAAACCGAUGCAUUUGCAAAAAUGCAUGAAAUUAGAAUACUGCAGUUCCAUUAUGUUAAACUCACUGGCUGCUAUAAGGAAUUACCUAAAAAAUUAAAAUGGGUAUAUUGGUGCGGAUUUCCUUUAAAAUAUAUACCUGAUGAUUUUGCUCUGGAGAGUCUGGUUGCUCUUGAAUUGCGUAAUAGCAGCUUGAAACAAGUUUGGAGAGGAACCAAGGUGCUUAGAUUAUUGAGGUUUCUUAAUCUGAGUCAUUCCCAUGGCCUUGCUAAAACCCCCGACUUCUCCGGACUCCCCAAUCUCGAAAGAUUGAUUCUUAAAGAUUGCACAAGAUUAGUUGAAGUUCAUGAAUCCAUUGGAGAACUAGAAAGACUGGUUUUUCUGAAUCUAAGAGAUUGUCAAAAUCUUCGGAACCUUCCAAAUAACAUUUGUAAGCUGAAAUCCCUUGAAAAACUCAUUCUCUCUGGUUGCUCAAAGCUCGUUUUGCCUGUGGAACUGGGCAAGCUGGAAUCCUUGACGGAAUUCCACGCAGACAAAAUUGCUGUAAACCAAUUGGUGUCUACCAAUGGUGAGUUGAAAUCAUUGAGGUCAUUCGUUUGGUCUUGGUUAUCAAAACGAAGAAAACGCCCAGAAUUCAACUUUUCUUUGGAUUCUUUAUCACACACAUUAGUGAAAUUAAGUCUUGCAAAAUGCAAUCUUUCAAAUGCUGCUAUUCCCAUUGAUCUUAGCAGCCUGUCCUUGUUGCAGUACUUGAACCUUAGCGAAAACCCAAUUUGUAGCCUACCAGAGAGCAUCAAAGGUCUUUGUAUGCUUGAGGACCUUUGGUUAGAUUCGUGCACAAGCCUCCAAUCACUGCCGGAGCUUCCAUCGAGUUUAAUUAAGCUCAAGGCACAAAACUGCACAUCAUUGAAAAGAAUAACAAAUCUACCAAACCUGUUGAAUAGACUGUUUUUGGAUGUGAGUGAUUGUAACAGGUUAGUUGAGGUCCAGGGAUUGUUCAGGUUAGAACCUAUUGGAAACUUUGUACCGGAAAUGAUCAACAGUUUGGGCUUGUUUAACUUGGAAUCCAUUGAAAACACAGAGGUGGAAUUGUUCAACAAUAUGACAAAAACAAGAAUAAAAUGUCCUAUACAGGUGCUCUCUCUCUCUCUCUCUCUCUCUCUCUCUCUCUCUCUC